AUGACCGAGUACAUCAAACACGAAGCACACAUGUUGGCCAUCGGGGCCUUCGUGCUUAAAUUGGUCCAGAAGCGGCAGGACGAGGUGACGCUAUAUAUAGAUAUCAAAUCGGAAGGCCUACGCGAUAUCCUACGUGUAAUACUACACGAUAUCAAAGCCACUAGCCUAAUAGAGGAUAAGCUAUCGGCAAUUCAGAUAGAGUAUUAUCUCUAA